AUGUCCUUCACCGUCAGCGUGCGGCAAGGACCCGUGCGCCUCGCGCAACGACUCCCCGAGCUGCCCAGGCCGGCUCUUGGAUCCGCCGCGCCGCUGCGAAGCUUGCACCGCCGCGCCGCCAAGCCCGCCGACAGCUUCUUCAGCUCGCGCGUCCCGUCCGCAGCCGCCGCAGCAGCAGCCGCUCGAAAUGCCCUCGGCCGCGCCGGAAGCGCCCGAUCGUACUACCAGGAGGCCGCGCAGCAGGCGGCGCCGGCGGGCUCCAACGCGAGGAAGCUGCUCGUCGGAGGCGCCGUCUUUGGCGGGACGCUCGUGGCCAUCAACGCCGUCUUCAACCGCGAGACGCGCGAGGACGGCGGGAUGCCGCUGUACGAGAGGGAGUACCUGAACAACACGUUCCUGCACACCGGCCUGGGCAUCGGCAUCAUCGGCUUGACGGCGAGGCAGAUGGUGCAGAGCGGCUUCGUGUACCGGCUGAUGGUGACGAACCCCUGGGUGGUCGGGCUGGGCGGUCUGGCCCUGAGCUUUGCCACCAUGAUCGGAACGCGAUCCGUCAGCCCGGACAACUACGUCCCCAAGUACGCCCUCUGGACGGCCUUCAACGCCACCCAGGCCGCCUUCGUCGCUCCCCUGCUUGCCUUUGUGCCGGCGCCGCUCCUCGCCCGCGCCGGCCUCUACACCGCCGCCAUGAUGGGCGCCCUGUCCGUGGUCGGCGCAACCGCCAAGCAGGAGAAGUACCUGUACAUCGGCGGGCCGCUGCUCGCCGGCGCGGCCAUUGUCGCCGUGUCGGGCCUGGCCCCGCUCAUCAUCCCCGCCACGGCCGUCCGCACGCUGGCCUUUAGCGAGAGCCUCUGGCUGUACGGCGGGCUCGCCGUCUUUGGCGGCUUCACCCUGUACGACGUGCAAAAGAUCCUGCACCACGCCCGCCUGGCCCAGGCCGGCGUGGUGCGGCCCGACCCCGUCAACGAGAGCAUGGCCCUGGAACUGGACUUUUUGAACAUUUUCGUCCGCAUGGUCCAGAUCUUGAUGAUGCAGCAGAACCGCCGCAAGUAA